GUCUUCCGGAAGGACACCCACGUGCUGCAGCAUUGAUGAGUUGGUCUCCCCUGGCAACGGCGACGCCGGCGGGCGUUGAGGAUAGACGACUCCUCCAUUACCGUGGCGGUCAACGCCGCUCCACUCCACCGCCUCCCAUCAAUCUGAGGCCAACCUCCAAUAUCUAUCACUCUCCAAUAACAUCCUCAGUCGAGCAGCUCACACGGGGCGUCGUCUAUGUUGGUGACCAGUCACGAAAGCUUCAAAUCAAGAUUCAAAUCAAGAUUGACCAUUAGGGUUCCUACUGCUCGCCAUGGCCACGAACCCCGAACUUUUGCCAAGUCCGACACUCAUGAGUGGCCACGAUUCGCCGCGUGAGGUGGACGACGCUCCGAGCGAGGAGGAGCGGGAGCUGCUGGCGAGGGUCAGUGCCGGAGACCAGGAUGCGCGUUUCCUCCUGGGGCAGCUCUACUUCCACAAGGGAUGUUUCGCGUGCGCUCGCCUUCACUUUGAGGUUGUGAGCCACACGGACGCCCGGGCGCUCUACCAGCUCGGGGUGAUGUACUACGACACGCUCGGGAUGCCGGCUGACCUCGAGAAAGGGGUGGACUGCAUGCUGGGAGUGACGAAGAUGGAGGGUGGCCGUGCUCGGCUGGUCAAGUACGCUGCCAUGUUCAACAUAGGGCAGGCGCACUUCAGCGGCUUCGGGGCCAAACAGUCGGACACCGAAGCAGAAAGGUGGUGGCUGUUGGCUGCAGAUGACGGGAACCCCUUGGCCAGCGUGAAGGCACAGAGCAUGCUGGGAAUGUUCUACUCGCGCCCCGAGAGCCUGCACCUGAAGAAGGCGUUCUUCUGGCACUCGGAGGCAUGUGGUAACGGCAGCGUGGAGUCGCAGGGCGCCCUGGGCCUCAUGUACAAGCUGGGGCUGGGCGUGCGGCGAGACGCCGACUCGGCGCUGGAAUGCCUGGACGAGGCAGCGCAGCGUGGCAACCUCUACGCCCAGGCCCAGCUGAUGGCGCUUCUGCACGCGCGCCGCCUCUACGUGCGCGCUGCCGAGCUCGCCGCGCGGGUGGCAGAUGCCAUGGAUGUGGCGCGUGUGGCUCGGGAAACCGACUGCCUCCCUACGUACAUCAGCAAAGGCAUCGCAAUGGCUGCGUUCUAUUACGGACGCUGCCUGGAGUUGGGCCAGGGUGUGGCACGCGACCCGGUGCGGGCUCGGCACUACUAUUCCAAGGCCUUCCAGUGUGACCCAGACAUCACCGAGGAGUUUCAACUCAAAGUGACACACGGGGAGUUGUGAGUCUGCGGAGAUCGACCCACCUACAUCUAUCUGGUCACAUGUAUGAUCCUUUUCCUAAUUAAGCGUCUGAAUGAAUCACAAGACGUGCAAUAUUGUUAAAUUAUUUAUGUGCAUUUUCAGGUAUUAGAGUUGACCAUGAAGCACUUUUACACAGCAAAAUGACCUCUUCAGACAUUACAAGCAGUACACAAGCAGUCUUGUCGAGUGCCUAUGAAACCAAACUUUAACAUUACCAAAGAUGGUGUGGUUGUCCAUCAAUGUAAAUUUUACCUACUCCUAAUGGAUCAGCACCUCAAACUUGAGAUCCUGACAUCUUCACUCAGGGUCGGGUGGCAGAAAGCUACUUGCCUUAUGCGAUCUGUAAAUCUACAUAGGAAAUUACGUAAACGUAUCUCUUGGUUUCCUCCAUAAAUGUAAAUGAAGGGAAAUUAUGACUCGUUAAGAUUUUCAUUGUGGAACACGGAUCUAUUUUAAGUUGUUGGAAUCAUUUGGUUCGACAGAGGACAGUUAAUUCGGUAAAAGCAGGACAAGUCUUAUCCACAGUUGAGCAGCCAGUUACAAGGCACCAAUCCUGGCUUUCAACGCCAAUACAAAGCAGUGGAAUGCUAGGCAGAUAUCUCAAUGCCUAAUUGGCCUUGAUGGUGGACACUUUCCAACACUUGGACAAGCAGAUUGGGAAACCUGGGAAUCAAAAACCCAUGUUUUUAGGGAUGCUGCCACCUGUCAAUUGGCAUAUCAUUUGUGGCGAGUUGUCUAUAUUCAUAUUUCUUCUAAGACCUAUGGCCCAUGUGGCCAAACCAAAUGGAGCACGGUGGUGAGAUGUUAACUACCUCGCCUGGUAACAUGUCUUGUUCUACCCCAACCGACACUUGCUGUAUAUUCAUUUGAAUGUUUUCACCGUGGUCAUGGAUUUUUCUCCGCGUCUUUCAGUUUCCCCCCAUUUUUAAGAAGUGUUUAGAGUAUUUGGCUGCUAUACAUUUUCACAUAAGCCACUUCAUGGGCUAUGUGGCCAGGUUGCUUCUGAAAAAUAAAAUGUUGUAAUAACCCAUAGAACUGGUUCCCAACCUGUGGUCAUUAAAGGCCAUGUUCUACAAAACUGUUGCAGAUGGGAUUUUUU